AUGCUUCACUUUCGAUUGUUAAGGACUCCCAAAGGCCACUUGGGGAUCUCAAAACCCUGGAGCCCUCUUCUGAAGAGGAAUAUAUCGCUCUCUCCUCAGCCUGUCAUCAUUUCGAUGACUGAAUCUCUACAGUUUAUUCAUGAAUAUUCACACAUACCGUGGUGGGCUCUUAUACCCUUGACCACUUUUGCAUUAAGAUCAAUAUGGACGUUGCCUUUGGCUAUUAUGCAAAGGAAGAGAAUACAGAAACAAGCUAUGUUGCGCCCUGUGGUGAGUGCUACGAAUCCUGUCUUAAAGCUAAACCUUGCAAAGAAAGUGCAGUCUGCAAAACAGAAGCAAUUGGUUGGACAAAACGCAGAUGAGACCAGAAACUCGGAGAAUGGCGACAGCUAUGUUCCUCAACUGCCUCUUUCUUCUAUGACUUAUGAACAAAUUUUGUUAUUAUCUGCUAAAGAAACAAGGAAGAGACAAAAAAAACUUUUCAAGGAAAAUGGUGUACAGUUGUGGAAAAAUAUCAUCCUUCCAGCUUGCCAGGUUCCGUUAUGGAUUGCUAUGUCUUGGACUUUUAGAGAUUUAAGCGGUUGGUCAACAUGGAACACAUUUGAUAAUCGGCCGCUCGAUGAGAGCCUUUAUACCGAAGGAUUACUAUGGUUCACGGACCUUACAAUUCCUGAUAGUUUUCAUUUAUUUCCAUUAAUGAUUGGCUUGAUAUCUUUAUGUAAUGUUGAAUGGACUUUUAAAACAUUAUCGAUCUUGAGAAGGACACAGAAUACACUGCUUAGGACGAACAUGUCGGAGUCUAUUGCGACCAUAUCACGUAUGUCUGUUGUCUUUCUUAUGGCAAUUUCUCUUCAUGCACCGGUCGCACUUGUAUUAUAUUGGUUGAGCUCGCAGACGUUCUCUUUAGUUCAAAACAUAAUGAUGGAUUUAACAAUGCCUAUGAGCUUUACCCCAAAUCGAAGGUUCAAUUAUCGAAAGAUGUCUGCAAAAACGAAUCCAAAAAGCGUUAUCAACACCUAG